GUCACCGCUAAACAGCUCUUCCGUUGAUUGAGGCAGGAGGAUUUGGGCUUCGGUAGUUUUUUAUCCGCUAGAAGCGUCUUUUACGGACACGGUGUUACUGUACACCAAAUUGAUGAUUCGAUAGUGCGAAGGCAAGUGAUAGUGCAAUAAAAGAACUGAUUAUUGUGAAAAAAUGUCAACGAAAGCAACUAAGAAGACCACAGCGACAUGUUCGAGUAGCAGCGUGCAGUCGCCACAGUUCAGCACGUCAACGCCAAUCGGCCAGCGACCGGGGAGUCCUUUGAGUCCGACCCGUUAUUCACGUCUUCAAGAAAAGCAAGAUUUACAGAAUCUUAAUGACCGCUUGGCUUGUUAUAUUGACAAAGUACGGCAUUUGGAAGCCGAGAAUUCCAGACUUACGCGGGAGGUACAAACGACCCAGGAGACUAUCACCCGCGAAGUAUCCAACAUAAAGUCUAUGUAUGAACGUGAAUUAUCUGAUGCAAGGAAAUUACUGGAUGAAACUGCAAGGGAGCGAGCGAAACUCGAAAUUGAUACAAAACGAUUAUGGGAUAACAAUGAAGAACUCAAAUCUAAAUUGGAUAGAAAGUUGAUGGACUUACAAACUGCAGAAAGAAACUUGUUAUUAUAUGAAACACGUUAUAAUGAUUUGCAAUCACAGUUUAAUCAGUCUCAAGCAGAACGCAAAAAGCUGACUGAAAGAGAAAUAGAAUUGAAACAAGAAGUAGAAAAGUUGAAAGCAUUACUAGAAGAUGCCCGUAAGCAUCUAGGAGAAGAAACUUUACAACGUAUUGUUCUUGAAAAUAAUAUUCAAAGUUUAAAGGAAGAUAUUAGUUUUAAAGAUCAAGUAUAUCAACAAGAACUAACAGAAACACGAACAAAGAGACAGGUUGAGAUCUCUGAGAUAGAUGGUCGUCUUGCUGAGAAAUAUGAGGCUAAAUUGCAACAAUCUUUGCAAGAAUUACGAGAUCAAUAUGAAGCACAAAUGCGAGCUAAUAGAGAAGAAAUUGAAUUAUUAUAUGAAAAUAAGAUUAAAAAUUUGACAGCUCAUGCUCAACGUAAUAGUGGAGCAGCAAGUUUAGCUGUUGAAGAAUUAAGACAAACAAGAUCGAGAAUUGAUACACUUAAUCAAAAGAUUAAUGAACUAGAAGCAUCAAAUAAUGCUCUUAAUGCACGAAUAAGGGACUUAGAAAAUUUGCGUGAAAAUGAGAAAACUCGUCAUGCAGAAAGUUUAGCAUCUUUAGAAGCGGAAUUGGCUCGUGUGCGUGAUGAAAUGGCUCAACAACUACAGGAAUAUCAAGAUCUUAUGGACAUCAAGGUAGCUCUUGAUUUAGAAAUUGCCGCAUAUCGGAAACUUUUGGAAUCUGAAGAAGCUAGGUUAAAUAUUAAUCCUAUGCAAUCAAGUGCAUCAGUACCCAGUGGUAGAUCUACUCCUUCAAGACAUACUCCAUUACGAGGUGGAAAACGGAAACGCACUUUGCUAGAGGAAAGUGAAGAACGUAGCAGUACCGACUAUAGCGUAUCUGGAACAUCUAGAGGGGACGUGGAAAUUACAGAAACCGAUCCUCAAGGACGAUUUGUGAAACUCACUAACAAAGGCAAUAAAGAAAUAGGACUCAGUGGUUGGCAAAUUAUUCGUAAAGCUGGUUCUCUAGAAACAGUAUUUAAGUUCCAUCGUACUGCAAAGUUAGAAGGAGGUUCCACUGUAAUGGUAUGGUCAGCUGAUAUUGGUGCUACACACGAACCACCAUCAAAUAUCGUCAUGAAGGGUCAAAAGUGGUUUACAGCAGAUACCAUGACCACUACACUUCUUAAUAAUGAAGGCGAAGAAAUGGCCACUUCAGAGUGCAAAAGGCAACAGUUGUCUACAUCUUUAUCUCGACAUAGAGAAAAUUUGGGUUUUAGACCAUCUGAAGAACUUCAUCAUCAACAGAGAAGAUAUCUCUACCCAUAUUAAGUGGGCGAGCGAAUGGUUCUGAUGGGUCGAUUUAUGGCGAUCCCCAAGGAGAGGAAUUCUGUCGCCUUAUGUGAAAAUAAAUUCAUAAUGUAAUCUUAAGAAUUCUAACAGCACGUUUUAAAAAUGCUUGAAAAAAGUACAGAAAAGCACUUGAAAGAGUCUCAUUUAGAAAUCGAGGCUCUAAAAUUUCAUUAACAUAAAAAAUUCAUAUAAUGUUUCGAAUGAUAUAUUUUGCUUAAGAAAACAAUAAAGAAGAAAUUAAAAACAGAAU